GCUCGUGAAGAAGAAAUGACUACAAAAGUAAAUAACCUGCAGGCUCAACUUGCGGAACUACAGAAGAAAUACGAACACAAGCUGCAGCAGGAGGAGAGCGCUGGCGACAAGGUAACAAUUAUGGAGUUACAGACACAGCUGGCACAGAAGACUACUCUAAUCAGUGAUUCAAAGCUGAAAGAACAAGAGUUCAGAGAACAGAUUAAUAAUUUAGAAGACCGUUUGAAGAAAUAUGAAAAGAAUGUAUAUGCAACAACUGUAGGGACACCUUACAAAGGUGGCAAUUUGUACCAUACUGAUGUCUCGCUAUUGGGAGAACCUACCGAAUUUGAGUAUUUGCGAAAAGUGCUUUUUGAAUAUAUGAUGGGUCGUGAGACCAAGACCAUGGCAAAAGUUAUAACCACUGUCCUGAAGUUCCCUGAUGAUCAGACUCAGAAGAUUUUGGAAAGAGAAGAUGCUCGGCUAAUGUUCACGUCACCUCGCAGUGGUAUCUUCUGAGUAAAUCGUCAGUCUGUGCUUAGUUAGCAUGUGGUGAGUGGUGAAUAAUGUCCCGUGUCUUUCCUACAAAGAUCAGUUAUUGCAUGCUACUAACCAUUUUGU